UGUCAUUUCAAAAUACGGAAGUACGUGUUUAUCAGCGUGGAAAAUGUCCAUGUGUAUGAAGCGGGUAUGAGGUAAUGAAUGUGUCCUUCAACUUCUGAAUUGGUGAAGUUUGGAUUCAAAUAAAAUUCAUUCUGACCAUCACACUGACUGAUCAUGUUGAGUGACGUGACUGCGGAAGAGCUGAUGUCCUUCCUUAACCUGGACACCAGGCCAGACAUCAAGGGCCAGGCCACUGAGUACAUCCUGGGUCUCUCUGGCAACAGGGAUGGUUGUCGCUUCCUUCAGACAAAACCAGACUUGAUAAAAGCCCUGGUGACCUUAACCACUGACCCCUCUAUUGCUAUCGUGAAAGACUGUUACCACACUCUCAUCAACCUCUCGGCUGACGAGACCAUGCACAGACUGCUGGUGAAAAACCCUGACUUCCUCCCAAUGUUGUUUAAAAACAUUCUGGAUCCAGGGUAUAUGUUUGCGGACCGUAUCUGUACAAUCCUAACAAACCUGUCACGACACAUGAAGACGUGUAAAGAAGUAUUCAAGGCUAUGCAGGAGCAGGGGAUCAGCCUGGCACAGAUAGUGGAGAUCUUCUGCACCGAGGACUACAACAAACAGGCGUCGCUCCACUACUUGGGCCCUCUCCUCUCCAACCUCACCCAGCUGCCUGAGACCAGGCAAUUUAUCCUGGAUAAGGACAGGUGUGUAGUACAGAGACUCCUUCCAUACACUCAGUACGAGGCCUCAACGAUCAGAAGAGGGGGAGUAAUUGGCACUCUGAGGAAUUGUUGCUUUGACCAUGUUCAUCAUGAGUGGUUGUUAGGCGAAGCGGUGGACAUUCUGCCCUUCCUGUUGCUGCCACUUGCUGGACCUGAGGAACUGUCGGAAGAGGAGAAUGAAGGGUUACCCGUCGAUCUGCAGUACUUGCCAGAGGACAAGAAAAGAGAGGAGGAUCCAGAUAUUCGCAAGAUGCUCAUUGAGACAUUGAUACUGCUGACUGCUACCAAAGUGGGUCGGCAGAUUCUAAAAACCAAGAACGUCUACGCCAUCAUGAGGGAGUUCCACAACUGGGAAAAGGAACCUCACGUAGUCGCUGCUUGUGAGAAGCUCAUACAGGCACUGAUUGGGGAUGAGCCAGAACCAGGGAUGGAGAACCUGUUGGAGGUGGAGAUUCCUAACGACGUGGAGGUGAAGCUCAAAGACAUGGAAGCCAAGGAGCUGGAGCAGUUGGAGAAGGACAAGGAAGAUCUGUUGAAUCCAGACAAGGCCCAGCACUGUGCUGGCAUAGUGAGGAUGAUGUAGGGGGGGGUGUACGUUCUACGUUUACGCUGAUCCACCAUCUAACAAACAAUGAGACAGAGCCAAUUGCUAUCUGGAAUGAACAGAAGAAUCAACAUGGAAACAAACUGCAUGAAAUCAGGAGUCUGAAUGCAAAUGAUUACAGCCUGAAACCAGUUGUAGAUUGACUUGUUAAUUCAAAUCCCAGUAUAAAAUAAAGUGUAUCUUGGUGUU